CGGCGGACAGGUCCCAAGUUUUUGGGUUUGGUCGCUCGGCUCGGCUCGCUCGGGUCAGUCGCUGAUGUUGCGCAACCUACCGGUGGUGGCCCAAGGAUGACCGUGCUGCUGCAUCUGUGCGUGAGCUUCGCCUUAUCCCUGCGCACCUACGAAGGGAACAGGCAGCACCGGGUUUGCUCUGCCGAGGUGCAAGCACCACGGGGAGGAGACGGAGCUGGCAACGAGACCGAUGUCCUCAUCCACAUAUUGGACCCCACUUUGCCCAAGUCAAACAAGUCGCUGUUGAGCCUGCAGUGCACAUGGGCCAGUCAGUCACCAGUCACCGUGCUCAUUUGGGUCAAUCCUCAACAUCAGGUGGAGGAAGCGUUGUCCACCGCCUCAACAUCCCAGCCACGUGCUCCCUCCUCGCAGCCGACCUCUUCCAGGUUUGGGACCGACAGUUAUGGACCUCAAGAGACAGUGAAAGAAAUACCUCAAGCUACGCUGGCCCUACUCACGGCCUCCCUACACUCAUCAUCAGAAGACCUCGGGUCACAUUCACGCGCGGUUGGGUGCGAGGUUUCACUGGGCAGCAGUGAGCCCGGCAUUGCCGUGGUCAACACAACAGUCUCUUUACAGGAAUUUACAACUUGCUCCUUCAUGAGCAGACUGACGCCAAGAGCCAAUGUCGAUCCAACGGAAGAGCCACAUGAAGGCCAGAAGGACGAGGAGCUGGCGUUCCGACAGGAGCAGGCCGCGAUCGUGAAGGUCAUUCUCUUCGUGGUGUGCACGAUAGCAGCCAUUGUUCUCAUGGUGUUCGGAGUGUUUGAGGUCAAAAUGGAGCAAAUAAGUGCUGUCGUCUGCAAAUUGAUCAGGGCACGGGAUGGAAGAAGCAAGGCGGAACCUGCUCGUGGAGUUCGUGAAGCCAGGAAUGGGAGCACGCAGGAGCAUCGGCACUCGUUUCAGAAGAUCCCUGCUCAUAAAUCCGACUUGAUCCUCGUAGAGACAAAGUUUUAGAUCCGUGUGGGUGUUAGGAUCUCAGGAUACAAUACUAGGCCUUGAUUUGUUUUCAGCAUAAAGCAACAUUGAUUAAUCCUUAUUCCUGAAUAUAAAGUUGCGUGGAAUUCACCAUUAUUUAUGGACAUCACUAGCAAGUAUUCAAUUAGACAUGGGUGUUCACUUUAGCUGUAAACAUUUCAAAGUGGAAGUGUAUGCAACAUUUCUGGGUUAUAUCAGAGCCAUGAAUGUUGCAACCUGCAACGUUUGAAAGUAACAUUGUUUAUCAGGUUGGAUGUGGUUAAGUAUAACUUUACGCACUUAUAUAUAUAAAUGCAAUAACUUUUUAAAAUAUAGUACACAAAUAGGUGAUUUAAAGAGGAAAUCAGGAACAUCGGCAUGCUUGGCAUAUCAAGAUGACGUCACCGUUCCUGUGCACAUUCUUGUGAAAGUCACCAACUCAAAAGGGAUGAGAUUAUGGAUGUUUUUAUAUUUAUAUACAGCAGUGUAACGAGGCAACUGUAUACCGGUUCCAUCCUGCAAGGACUCAUCAGUACAAUGCAGGCAUCAUUGCAUAGUGUUUCCACGAGGGUUGCUACUUGUCUUGGUCUUCCAGGGAUCACGCUCUUGUCGAGGUAGCUGACCUGGAUAAUCCGUUAGUCUUCACGCAACAUUUGGCAGUUGUAUAAUAAUAUGGUGCUCAAAAAAAAUGUGUUCCCAUGUGGUUGUCCUCUCUUCUGGUAUUGUGUGAUAUUCUUUUUUUCCAGUGAUAUGUCCAGUUCUUUUGUAUUUCAGAGGUAUCUCAAAGGUGGCAACCCUAGACAAUUAAAAAGUUACAUCAAGUUCGCGAAACAAAAUAGCUGCAAUCGGCCCAUAAGCCCCCGGCUCUUGCAUUAACUGCGUUGCAACGUCAUUUUAUGUCCGUUGAAGGCGAACGACACGGCAAUCUAUUCCUCUCGACGAGCUCUACACGAAGCGCUAAUCAAAGUUUAAAAGUUUUGUUUCUUCUGCGCAUUCGUCCUCGCUGCUGCGCUUGGGCGACAUGACAACAGAAUGAUCCGUGCCAGGUGGGUCGCGGCCUUUAUGUGCGUGGGACGGAGUCGCCAAAAAUACAUGAAUUACGAUUUUGACUUGCCCCAGGGUCCCGCCAUAAGGUUCAUUAUGGGAAAACUCGGGUUUGGUUCAGGGUUCAUAAUAUCCACCCCUUAUGUAUGUUACUCUACUUCAACCCAAACAUUAAACAGGACGUAUUUUGAAUGUAAAAUUCGAUUAACGUUUUCUAGUGUUCAAUAAAACUUCGUUUACAAUGCACAUUAUCAGAGUUAUGUUCUUUUGUUUGUAUUAUGACUGCAGGUAUUGCGGUCUAUGCAAACAUGACUCCUUGUAAAAAGGUGUCAGUUUUGUUGCCAGAUAGAAGGGUAAAGAACCAAUUAUCAUAUUUUUACUGGCAAAUGAGGUUCCCAUAGUGUAGAUGCUUGCCCCGAGCUCUCAUACUCUGAUGGUGCAUUGUCUUUGAGUUGUGCGCCUUUUGGCGUCAUCUGGUCCAACCCAUAUGAGACUAGGCUCUAAGGAAAGCUGUCUCGGGUGUGGACCAAUCAACUUCAAGGACAGUGCACAUUAUCAGAGUUAUGUUCUUUUGUUUGUAUUAUGACUGCAGGUAUUGCGGUCUAUGCAAACAUGACUCCUUGUAAAAGGGUGUCAGUUUUGUUGCCAGAUAGAAGGGUAAAGAACCAAUUAUCAAAACUUCGUUUGAUAAAUGUAUAGAAUUAAAACAAAGAACGCAGUGUACAAUACUGUACAUGUAUCCGUGUGCAGCAUGGGUGGAAAAAACCCGAUUUUUCCAGCGACAGGCAUCGGGUUUUUUCUUUAAUACAAUUAAACACGAUUUAGGGGAAUUAAAACCUGGUUUAAUGAAUACGAAACUCUGAUCCAAGGCUUAGGCUGCUUCCUCGUCGGUGCUGCUAUUAUUGUACUCGGGGGGCCGUCGGGCACGGGGUAGUCGUAGAAUGCGGCGGGCAGGUUGGUCUUGAUGAACACGAGCUUCUCCUCCACAAUCGUGGGCGCCAGUGAGUUCCUUGGCUUGGAAUGGAUGAAGCCCAUCGUUGAGAAGUUCCGCUCGAAUGCCGCAAUUAGAACCAAUUAAACCGGAUUUCUCCCAAUCUCAGAUGAUCGGGUUUAACAUAAAAAGACAAUUAAACCCGACUGUGCCACCCUUGGUGUGCAGUAAUGUAAACUGCAGGAAGAAAAAUCUGAACCCCACUGCCUCACUGGAGGCUAGGAACACUUGACCUGGGACCCGGUGUAACAGGCCGGAGUAUACCCGGGGUUAAAACGGCCGAGGUUCGAUUAUACCCGGGUAUAUUAUGGCCUAGGACAAUUUAUACUCUGGGGUAUAUUAUGGCCUCGGCCAAAUGAUGCCCCUCUAGGCCAAAUCAUACCCCCAUGAUAGUAAUUGUGUUGAGCGAUAUACACAUGAAUUAGUAAAUUUUUCCAACAUUUUAUUUAAAACUGUAAACACAUACACUGUGAUUGCUUCAACCAGAAAAACUUUAAUAAUAACCCUAAGCCUAAAAAUGCUUCAAUUGAUCAAAUUGAGAUUCUUACUUCCAUUUAUACGCUUUUUAGAUACAGAUUGAAGUUCGUUGUCGGCUGUUUUGCCUUUGAACUUUCACACGGGGCAUAUUCUGGCCUGGAGUGGUAUGGUCUGGCUCAGUCUGGUUUAAACCCCCGGGUAUAGUUUAGCCUAGGACACUUUAUCCCCCUAGGGUAUACUCUGGCCUGGGCCAAACUAUACCUGGGUUUAAUCGGGGCAGGGGUUAUUUUAGCCUGUUACACCGGGAUGUUGCCGCUUUCGGGGCCAGGGUGGCGAAUUUGUCCUUCCGUGGCAGCAUCAUCGCGGGCAGUGCAGUUACGAUGCAUCCAGGAAUCUUGCGUUCAACCGCGAAUGGCCGAGCCACAGAUGCGCGAUUGGCGAACCGUAUCUCAAUACAUUUAUCUGAAAACCGCCACAACUAAACCCGUCGAGAGGGAAGGAAUUGUCGUACUUGCAGAAGCCGGAUCUAAGGAAUAUUUUAAUUGAUUGUGGGACCAUAGCAUGGGAGUGAAAUGAAAUAACAAAACUUUAAAAGAACUCGUUCAAAGAAAGACACGUAGCAAUAACAAAAACAAACCCACACAUGAGCAAACGGUGCAGAAUAAAUAAUUACAUUUAAGAACACGCUGGAACAUAUAACAUGAUAUGCGUUUCGAUGUACUGUCUUGCAAGUAAAAAAAAGUGUGUAUGUUCCCUACUGAUUGUGUGAUACGUAGUGAAUGUAUUUAGAGUGGAAUUUGUAAUGGGUAGCUGUCAAACCACAGUGUUUCUAUUAAAAUAUUAACAAUGUAGCAACUUUGUCCUUGUUGGUAGAUAAUGGUGAGGAUUUGAAUAGGAUGGAUGCCUGUAAUCGGGCCAUGUACCGGAGCUGAAAUAUUUUUUUAAAAAUAUGCACACGCUGAGGUACACAAUAGGGAUGAGUUUUCGAAUUCAACACUUGCAACCUAGC